CCUGAAUAUUACGAGAUUAAAAAUGAAUUUGACGUAACGCAGAUCGGAAUAAACGUGCGAAAAGUCGAAACGUGCGGGGCCCACGGACCUCGUACGGGCCUGAAUGUUUGUGCAGACCGAGCGAGCGCCGUUCUGGAGAAGGGGAGGGGAGGCCGUCAACUAUGGCCGGCACGGCAGGCAGGCCAGGAAAGAAAUGUGGCAGCGCGUUUCGCUUUAGUACCGACUUAGACUGCUCUAAGUGGCGGUCGUGCGCACGCCGGCGUCCGUCGUCGCACCGACAUUACGCACGAGUACGCAUCUCCAGGACCCAUCAGGGGCCCGCGCAGAGGGCCCGUCGCACUCUGCGAGCGCGUCCGAACGGCGACGACGACGACGACGACGACGAUAACGUUUUUCGGUGGUGUGACAGUGUGACAACGAAGAGCCGGGCCCUGACGGCUGUUCGGCGGAUUAUCGCGGCACGUGAUCGAUUCUUACGCGGGAAAAAAAAAAAUACAAUCGCGAUUCGUAUUUCCGUAGGUGAAAAAGAGAGAGAGGGAGGAAGGUGUUUAUCCCGGGUAACCUAAAAACCGAUCUCCUCGGCGAGGUACGAUAUAUAUCGGUAGGACGCGCGCGCAUGCGCACCGCGCCACGCUAUCCUCGUGCGCGAAUUUCGAGCGAAGCGCGGGGUCACGUGGUUAUCGUACGAAGCCGCGGACAGUGUUGGUGAACAAGUGCUCUCGAAAGGUGUUACGAUUUCUCCAGGCAGUGAGUGUCCCGCGGAUCGUUUCGCUCCCACGCUCGAAUUCGCGACACGUCCCAGAAAGAAAGAGGGACAGAACUCCGAUCUGGAACCAGAUCGUGUUCGAGAGUUCUUCCCUCCUACGAAAACAAAACAAAACCAAAAAGAGGAACCGAUAUUAAAACGUCAACGCGAAGUUAUUUAUUACCCCGAGGGUUGUCGGAAGACCUCUAGCAAGCCGCACAACGAGAUAUCCGUAACGAGAGAUCGAUGAGAAAUUGAAGAUCCGUGGAGGAGCGAGGGAGAUAGAGAGAGAGAGAGGACGGAUAGAGAAAGAGAGAGAAAGGAAGGAAGGAAAGAGGGAGGACGAAGGUGAACGAGUUCAUAAAAUCGUAACCGCGCGUGGCGUGCGGGCGAAUGCAUGACAGAUCAUGGUUUCCGUGUCCGGCCCCGUAUCCACAGGGAUCCUAGCGGAACGCCCUUCUGGAUCGCAGGGCUCGCGGCAGAAUGGUGGCGCGGAGGAUGAGAAGGACGCCAAGGCGGCGGAAAACGCCAGGAUUCGCCACGAGUCGGAUCUCUACGUCAGGCCCAGCUGGACGGACGCCGCGAUAGCGCUGGAUCAACUCGAAAAGGGGAAGGCGGAAGGGCAGAGGUCAGCGGUGUGGAUCAGGGCGCGAUUGCAGGAUCAGCUAAGUCAGCUGGGUUACUUCCUGCAGAGGCAUGCGGGAAAGGUGCUCUUCGUGGCUGUUCUCGCUCUGGCCACCUUCUGCGUCGCCCUGAAAUCCGCGCAAGUCAACAGUAAGGUCGAUCAGUUGUGGGUGCAGGAAGGUGGAAGGCUAGAAAGGGAGCUGACCUACGCCUCGGAGGCCCUCGGCGAGGCUGCCCCUUCGACGCACCAACUCAUCAUCCAGACGCCGAAGCACUCCGGAGUGAAUAUCCUGCAUGUGGCCGCACUCAAGGAACACUUGGCCGUCCUGAAAGCUGCGACGCAAGUUACGGUGCACCUGUUCGACAUCACGUGGAGGCUGAAGGACUUGUGUUACGCGCCGAGCAUACCCAACUUCGACCUGCACUACAUCGACCAGAUUUUUGAGAGUAUUAUACCUUGCGCCAUCAUGACACCUCUCGAUUGUUUCUGGGAAGGUAGCAAACUCUUGGGUCCAGAAUAUCCCGUUCAUCUACCAUCUGUCUUUGACUUAAGCAGUGGAACGAAGAACGAACCCCUCCAAUGGACGAACCUUAAUCCCACCAGAAUGUUGGAGCAGAUGAAGAAGUUGCAGUUCUCGUUUCCCUUUAAAACACUCGAGGACUACAUGAAGAGAGCCGGAAUAACGAACGGCUAUCAGAGCAAGCCUUGCUUGAAUCCGGCGGAUCCGGAAUGCCCGGAAACCGCGCCUAACAAAAAAUUUCAACAGGUACCUGAUGUAGGAGUCGAGUUGACAGGCGGCUGCUACGGAUUCGCAGCCAAGUACAUGCAUUGGCCGGAAGAGCUGCUAAUCGGCGGCGCCAGGCACAACAAGACGGGUCAUUUGACUCGUGCGGCCGCAUUGCAGACCGUAGUGCAGCUUAUGGGCGAACGGGAAUUGUACGACUUUCUGGUAAACACCUACAAAGUCCACCAUAUCGAUUGGUCACAGGAAAAAGCAGCCCAGGUGUUAGAGACUUGGCAGAGAACAUUUAGCAACGAGGUGAAGAGGCAGGUGAACAUGAACGUGUCGAUGCCGUACAACAUGAACGCCUUCAGUACCACCACCUUGAAUGACAUCCUCGGGAAAUACAGCGAGGUGUCCGUCAUGAAGAUCGCAAUCGGUGGCGCUCUUAUGUUGCUGUACGCUGGGAUAGCCCUCCUUCGUUGGAAGGAUCCAGUGCGCUCGCAAUCCGGAGUAGGAAUAGCCGGCGUGAUGCUGAUUUGCGCUACGGUAGCCGCAGGAUUGGGCUUCUGCGCGCUUCUGGGUAUUCCGUUUAACGCCACUACGACGCAGAUAGUGCCGUUUCUCGCACUCGGUCUGGGCGUACAUGACAUGUUCCUGCUGACACACACGUACGCCGAGCUGUCGGUGAACGAGGUGCCCAGCGGCGAGCAGACGGGAGUCGUUCUCAAACGAACCGGUCUGUCGGUGCUGCUGACGGGCCUCAGCAAUGUUUCCGCCUUCUUUGCCGCGGCGAUCAUCCCGAUCCCGGCUCUCAGAACGUUCUGCCUGCAAACCGGUAUCUUGCUGCUGUUCAAUUUGGCCGCUAUGCUGCUUAUCUUCCCCGCGAUGGUCAGUCUGGAUCUGCGACGUAGACGCUCAGGCAGGAAAGACAUCCUCUGCUGUUGCUUGCCGGCGAUGCCAAAUCUCAAAAAGAACAAGUACUCGAUGAAGAGUAACGGCACGGUCAAGCAGAUGGUCACCAGGGCGAUCCCGCCUGAAAGACGAGAGACUUGUACUCAGAUCCUAACAUCGCACAACACGCAAAACGAAUCCUGGAUAGGUGGACAUAUCGACGUAGAUCUGGAAAGGCAGUGCACUGAGGAGGACACUUUGACCGGUUGUUCUCAGGAUGACUGCUUGAGUUUUUCCCUGACACAGCUUGCGGCCCGGCAUUAUGCACCCUUCAUCAGCCGACCUGCCACCAAAGUGUUUGGCAUGAUGGUUUUAAUCAUCGUACUGGCCGGCAGCGUAUGGGAAGCGAUGCGCGUACGUGAUGGUUUGGACUUGACCGAUCUGGUGCCGCAGAACUCGAACGAGCAUGCAUUUUUAGCCUCCCAGGCGAAGCACUUUGGUUUCUACAAUAUGUAUGCAAUUACCGGACGAGAUUUUGAAUAUCCGAACAAUCAACGACUGUUGUACGAGUAUCACGAUGCUUUCGUGCGGAUCAAAAACGUUAUCAAGAACGACAACGGCGGACUAUCUGAGUUCUGGCUCGGUAUGUUCCGUGAUUGGCUAAAAAAUCUACAGGCAGCGUUCGACAAGGACUAUAACAACGGUUGCAUCACCCAGGAGAGGUGGUAUAAGAAUGCGAGCGACGAAGCAAUUCUGGCAUAUAAGCUGCUUGUGCAAACUGGCUACGUGGACAAUCCAAUCGACAAGACGUUGAUUACUCAAGUACGAUUGGUCGAUUCAGAAGGUAUCAUCAAUCCUCGCGCUUUCUACAACUACCUGAGUGCUUGGGCGUCCAAUGACGCGCUUGCCUAUGGUGCCUCGCAGGCGAAUCUGCGACCUGAGCCGCGUCAGUGGAUUUAUACCAACGAUCAUGAGCUGAAAAUCCCAAAGAGUAUGCCACUUACUUAUGCGCAAAUGCCGUUCAAUCUGCACAAGCUCACCGACACGCAGGAGAUUACAGAAUUGAUCGGUAGCAUCCGGAAACUGUGCAAAAGAUUUGAGGAGCGCGGCCUGCCAAAUUUUCCAUCCGGCCUACCGUUUCUCUUCUGGGAACAAUACAUGGAUCUGAGGAGCUGUUUGGGAAUCUCUCUUCUGGCCGCUUUGAUCACGAGCAUCAUCGUCGUCGGAGUCUUGUUGCUGAAUAUGUGGGCCACUCUGCUGGUCGGCACUUCACUAGGUGCCGUCGUUCUGCAGUUGUUAGGCAUCAUGGGUCUAUUUGGCAUCAAGUUGAGUGCCGUGCCCGCCGUCCUGCUCAUAAUCAGCGUCGGCAUAACCGUUCACUUCACGGUGCACAUUUGUUUGAGUUUCGUCACUAGUGUGGGCAGUAGAGAUCGCAGAAUGCGCUUAGCUCUGGAACAUAUGUACGCUCCGAUCGUUCACGGCGCGCUUACCAUGCUGCUCGCUGUGGUGAUGCUUGCCUUCUCCGAAUUUGACUUUAUAGUCAAACAUUUCUUCUUGAUACUGUUAUGCAUAAUCGGCGUCGGCUUUAUAAAUGGCGUCUUCUUCUUCCCGAUUCUGUUGUCUCUGAUUGGUCCGUCAGCGGAAGUGAUCCCGAAUGAUCAUCCGGAUCGUAUCUCUACGCCGACACCACCGGCAUCGCCCAUCGUGAGAAGAUCCAAGCCUCCUGCGCCGCCAAGGAGGUCUCACAAGAUUGAGAAUGCUAGGUUGCACGCCGAACCGUCCCUCACAACCAUCACAGAAGAGCCUAACUCAUGGCAUAGCACGCAGGAGUCUUGCAUUAUCGUCCACCCGGAACUCAAGGUGGAAACUACGUCCACAUGCGGCAAUCAGAACUGUAGCGGAUCGGACACGAGCGGGUCUAGUCGAACGUCACCGGUUCCGUCCACUCCACACAUUACCACCAAGGUCACUGCAACGGCGAACAUCAAGGUCGAGGUUCACACACCGUUAACUAGUGGAGUGGAUCGUAGUGAAAAAUGCCGGCACACUGGCACCGGUAAUCGAAGGAGCUCGCGCUGCAGUGCGAACGUUAAUACUGGGGAGUCUUCCGGCUCUGAACCGGAUUCAGACUUUAACUCAAAACAUUGAUAACCGGGGGGACCAGCAGCUGCUGCUCAAGUACCACGCAAAGCGGGAAAAUACAGAAGGCUGACUAGGAUAGAUUAAUCAUUUUUCCAUCUUCUCUUUUUCCUUUCUUUCUCCGGCCUCGCCCUUUUCAUCCAUUUCCUUCUCUUUCUGUCUGCCCUCUCUCUCAAAUGAGUAAUACAACAUGCAUGGUUGUCUUACUCGAUCUUUAAAGACGAAAGUAUUACAAGCGCACAAUUGUAUUUUUAUAAUGUAUGUAAAUACUUUUUGGACAAUAUUAAUAUCUCAUGUUUAAUACUUUUUAUACCGAAUUUUUUUAAAUGACAUACUCGAAGAAAUAUAAGAAGCAAAAUUGUAUUUACAAUUAAAUACAAUAUAAUAUAAUGCAAUUUAAUUAGAAUUUUUAGAAUCAGGAUCCAUAUUUAUAUUCUAUACGUAUAUUAUAAACAUACAAAUUGCUAUAAUGAUUUUAAGUAAAUUAUACUAAAAUUUUUAAUUACAAGAGAUACCAUAUAGAGAUAUAUAUAGAUCGAAUAUAAUGAUGUAAUUUGAAGAAUACAGAGAGAAAGAGCAGAAAAAAUGAAAACUUCUGUUUCUUUUUUUGACAGAAGACUGCACAAGCAUGAGAAGAAACUUGUUAUUCUUUUUGAAUCAAAUUUUGUUUUACAACUUUUUGAUUCUUAACUUCUCUCUUGUCUUUGUCAUUUUUUUCCUUUUUUUAUCGUUCUCAUCAGCAAAACUGAAUGUAGUGCUUUUACUCGAUCUAUAUAUAUAGUACCUAUUUGUGUGUACAAAAUUAAAUUUUAAGCAAAAUAAAAUGAAAUGACAUGUUAUUCAAAUAUUUCAACAGCAUUAAACGUGUGAUAGUAUUAUCGAUGACAAAAAUGUGCGUACAACUUCGACAAAUAAAUUCACUAGACUAUAUUUUAGAUAAAUUUAUUUAAUGAAUGACUUGCGCCGCGAGAUAAGAGAGUGGUUUGGGUCGUAUACUAUCGAUAAAAACGCAUUGCGUGAUUUGUUCUGUCGAGAUAGUAUAUGGCAAUAUCUGUUCUGUCUGUUUAGUAAAUGAAAGGCACCGAUGUGGUAACCCAGCAAACACCGAUAUAUAAUUGUUACAUAUCUAUAAUAAAACGGAA